AUGCCCAAGUUUUCGCUAAAUAAUCAGGUCAUAGUCAUAGCUGGUGGCUCGCAAGGUUUAGGAAAAGAGUUUGCCCGCAAGUUUUUUCAGGAAGGAAGCAACAACACGGUGGUGGUGGUUAGCAGAUCUCGCACAAAACUUCAAAAAGCCGUGUGUGAUAUUACUGGUGAAAAAGAAUCUCUUGAGCUCACAAAUGGAUUUCGAACUACUACAAAUGGGGCAAGCUCUCUUGUUUAUGCGGUCUGUGACCUGGCAGAAUACGAACAGGUGGAAAAGUUGCAGGAGCUGUUAGAAUCAUGCUCACUGGUUCCUACUAUAGUGAAGCUGUGUGCUGGAGGCUCGACGCCAGGGCUUUUCAAAGAUUUGAAGGGUCACGAUUUGGAGCUAGGAGUAAAAGUCAACUAUAUGACCUGCGUAAACUUAGCGCACGUCGCCGUUCGCCAUUGGCCCUGUGCGCACUUGGUGUUUUUCUCCAGCGAGGUUGCCUUCUUUCCAUUCAUAGGAUAUUCCCAAUACGCACCACUGAAGCAAUCCAUAAAAGCACUUGUUGCAAUUCUUCGCCAGGAGUGCCCUCAACAACGUAUAUCGUGCGUGUAUCCUGGUAAUUUCGACAGCGAAGGCUAUGUUUUGGAGAACCAAACCAAGCCCUCGAUAACGAAAGAAAUUGAAGGCGCCUCAGAUGCCAUACCGUGCGAGGAGUGUAGCAACCGGAUUGUCCGCUUCUUGAAAUGGGGAUAUGAUGAUAUUACCACGGAUUUCAUCGGGUGGUUUUUGAUGUGCACUGACAUGGGCUUGAACAAGCAGAAUAACGUUUCUAUCGGGUGGCCACUGCAGUGGGUUCUUGGCGUUAUUUGCAACUUAAUUGUGGUUCCUAUCUAUAUGUUGAUCUGCAAGUUUCAGAUCAGGAGCUGGCACAAAGCGCUUGAGAAGCAAGCAUGA